CAGAUCCUGAAGUGUAGCCUAGCUGGGUAUUUCAUGUAAUCGGAGUAUAUUGCAGAUAUUUGCCUGAUCAUACAAGGGAUUUUAAAUGAAGCCCAGUGUCCUCUUACUUUGUCUGGCGAGCUCUCUUGCAGAGAUGUGUUAUGCAAUGAAAUAUACAGUAAAAGUUGGAGACAACUUUAGAUGUAGCACUACAAUAACGUUAACAAAACAAGAAGUUCGAUGGGUGUUAACAGAAGUUGAUGGAAGGAAUAUAGAAAUAUCAAUCUGCUAUUCUAACUUGGAAACAUUUAUCCACUACAACCCAGACAACUUUCAAACAGCGUGUGAAUGGUAUAACGACACCUCCGGAUGGAAGGGAUAUCACGCCUUAAACGUUGCUCACCUUAACACAGACAUGCUCCGGCUCACCUGUCUAACCUAUCAGGAUAUCGUUAUCGAUUACUGUGAAUUUGUUUUCAUGGCUUCCGAAAAUCCUCAAGAAACUAAAGACACAGGUUUUAAGCCAGACUGGACACUUCUAGGUAAACUUGCCAUCCCAAUUUUUAUCGCAGCCGUCAUAUUGAGUACAGUAGUGUGUUUCUGUAUCACAAAGUGCAGGAAAAAAUGGCAAGUCCGGAGAGAAAAUAGAUCCACCACAUCAAGAACAGUGACUCCACAUCACACAACAUCAACAGACUGUCCUUUAUUUUACACAACAUUAUCAGAGGUCCCUCCGUGUUAUAGUACGUCAUCAACGGACAACCCUCCGUGUUAUGGCGUGUCGUUAACAGACGGCCCUCCGUGUUACAGUAUGUAUAUAACAGACGCCCCUCCAUGUUAUAUUACGUCAUCAACAGACGCCCCUCCAAGUUAUACUACAUCAUCAACAGACGCCCCUCCAAGUUAUACUACGUCAUCAACAGACGCCCCUCCAUGUUAUACUACGUCAUCAACAGACGCCCCUCCAUGUUGCAAUACCAAACUUUACAACAAAGUGAAAGACUUUGACUAA